GAUCAGUUGUCACACAAGUGUCCGUGGUGCAUUUGCUCGCACUUUCAAUUCCUGAAAUGGAGUAGCAGCAGCAGCAAUAAUAAAGUUGGACAUACAGGUUAACAUUCAACCCAUUGCUCCUACUUUAAACGUCAGAAUUGAUGGCUACCUGUUCAAAACGUCGAUCUGGUGAAGACACUCAAACUCUUCCAGAGGUUAGGAUUGUGAUGCUGGGCUUUCGAGAUGCAGGGAAGAGUUCAGCAGGAAACACCAUUCUGCAGGGAGACAUGUUUGACCAUCGCAAAACUGUUGAGAGUGUGAAAAGACAGGGAAAAAUUGCUGGAAAACACGUCACUGUUAUUAACACUCCAGGCUGGGGAAGGGAGCAGCUGCUUAAAGACAGCCCUGAGCUCAUUAAAGAAAACAUUAUACUGAGCAUGGCUCUGUGUCCCCCUGGUCCACACACUGUUCUCAUAGUCGUCCGCAUCGAUGUAAAACUUACAGAAACAAACAGAAGGGCCAUGCAAGAACACGUUGAGCUCCUUGGUGAACGUGUAUGGAGUCACAGUAUGGUGCUGUUCACCUGUGGUGACUGGCUUGGAGACACUUGCAUUGAGAAAUACAUUGAGAGUGAAGGGAAGGUCAUGGAAUGGCUCGUGGAGAAAUGUGGAAACAGGUACCAUGUUAUCAAUAAUGUUAACAAGGAGGACACAUCUCAGGUUUUAGAACUUCUGGAAAAGGUUGAGGAGAUGGUGAGAAGGAACAAUGGGCAACAGUAUGAAAUAGACCGAAGGCGACUGGUAGAAAUAGAACAGAGAAAGAGAUCUUGUGAAGAAAAAGCAAAAAAAAGAAUGAUGAAAGGUGAGCAAUAUAAGCUGAAUUGCCCAAAAGAUGUUGGAAUAUUUCACAAGCCGAAGGAAGGUGCUAUCGCAGAUCUGACAGGAGCUCCUAGUCUAGAUCUUGCUACGGAAGUGCCAGUUCCACAGCUUGGAGCAGACACUGAAAUCUCCGCACUGGCUGUCACUGAAGGAACCGCAGCUAGAACUCCAACCUCUGAUAAUCCUGAGACAGAACAUACCAGAACCUCUGAAUCUGUUUCCACUGACAGAAAAGAUGCUGCUGGACCUUCACUCACUUCCACUGACGAAGAAAAUGUUGCUACAUCACCCACACCCACUUCUAAAACCAGAGGAGCAGUCAUCAGAACUUGUGUUGCUUCCAAUGAUGACAGGGAUAGCACCGGAUGUUCUGAAGUUCCCCUGGUCCCUACCAGGCAGUCUCGCAACCGAAGGCUCCCAGCAAGAUAUCAGAAUUAUCAUAUGUCUUGACAUGAAUAAUGUGUCAUAAUGAUGGCCAAUGGUUUGCUUUGCCAAAGCAUUUUUGUAACCAGACAGAGCUCUUCAUUUAAUAGUUUUUUUUUUUUUACUUAUCCUUUGUUUAACCAGGGUAACCACAUUGAGAAUGGUUUAUUGAGUGUUUUUUUAUGUAGAUGUGUGUAUGGACGUUGUCAGCAUGAGCAGGGAAAAAAGAUGCAGUUACAGCUGCAUUCAACGGAAUCAGACCUGGCUACAUGAACUCGUUAGAGCCUGUGAAUAAACACACAAGGAUACAAGGAGGUGUAUUUAUCACAUACAUAGAAAUACUAGCGUAAAGCUUGUAGUGAAAUUUUGCUUUGGUGUUCAGCUUUUUUUGUGCGAGUGUAAAGAAAGAAAUAUUUAAUAAAUAGCAAGAGAUAAAGAGUAUAAAGUGCAGUGUGUGUGCAGUCCAUGGCCAAGUGAGUAAAAAGUGUAAGUGCUGUUUAUUUAGUCUUGUGUGUUCAGGAUACGGAUGGCUUGAGGAAAGCAGCUCCUCCUCAGUCUCUCUGUAACAUUGAGCUGUUGAGGUAAUUGGAGGCCUUGGAUCAGGGGGAGAAAUCUCUUCACUGGCCAUAGCUAUAAGCAAUUUUCAUAUGUACAUUUUCCUUUUUUUAUUUUUAUAUACUGUGUCCAAAUGUCUUUUGUCUUUUACUUAUAGUUUUUUAAUUAUUAUUAUUUUAUGUUUAUUUUAUGUAAACAUUGUGUUGGGAUCUCAUUGUCAAUGUGUCAGUGUGUUAAUCUAGUACAAAUGCACAUAUCUUACCACCAUAAAUCUAAAUGGAUACAGGUAUACAGGUCCUCAUUUCUUGACAGGGUGUUCUGCAGAAAAGGCAUAGGCUAUAACUUCCCCCUUGUGCUGUUUUCUUUUCUGAUUCUUUCACACCAUGACGUUGACGGUUUAUCAUAGCACAUAGGCUUCUAGGCUAUAUCAAUAAUCCUGACUCUCCCUUAUGGUAGGCUAGUGGUGUCUCAUUUCCAAGGGGAAUAUUUUCACCCUUAUACCCAGGGAGCAAAAGGGGUUUUACAGACAUGGAAUGUUGUAAAGGGUUGUGACCCAUAAAUUAUGUCUAUAGGACCUUCAAAGAUGGACCACAACCUGGUCAACUCACUACUGGAAACCUACAGUACAGGGAGGAUUAAACAAUGCAACCACUGCUGCUUUUAGCCCUUCAGAAGGGGAGUUACGGAACAUUGUAACGGAAUAUUCUAUUCCGCAACAAUGUAAGAUUGUAAAAUUCCAUGUUGAAUUCAAUGAACCCAGAUCCUUGUAGAUGGCUCUGAAUGAACCCAGAUACUCUUUAGAAUGUUCAAUUUCCAACAUUCUACCU